AUGAAGACAGCCGGAGAUAGUACGAAUCGUUUGACGGUGUCCAACUUGGAACAACACGGCGAAUUCCUGCAACGGCAGGAGUCCAACACCAAAACAGUCCCAUGGGCCGAAAAAGUCAUCAAGGACGAGCAAAUCCACCAAUUCUACUCGCAAUCCCACCAAAGAACUCUCGAGCGCCGGCAUCCGCAAGACGCCAUCCGUGACAUCCACCUCGCCGCCACUAGUAUCUCGAGAACAGAUCCAUCAAUUGGAAGCCUCAAGCUCUUCGAACCACAGCAAGGGAUGUGCCUUGAAGAGCCGUUGGAACGCUUCUUGACGCCGGACGGGUGUGGUGGUCCGGAUGCUCGAGCUGCAUUGAGAGAGAUGGGGUACUCGUUUGGGAGUAUGGAUGGAAGGGAAGAAAGGAAACAAAUAGCCCAGCAGAGGGCUGAGACGGUGGUCAAGAUGAAGGCCAGGGAGCGGGCGGUAGACAGUCGACGAAGUUGA